AAGAGCACAGAAUAAAAAUAAAAUUCCCGCCGAAAAGUUUGUCAAAAUGAAACAAAAACACGUUCGUCGGCACCAAUUUAUUAUGGUGUUUAACAUAAAGUAGUAUUAAAUUAACAAUAAAUAAAAUGUCUCUGUUAGAAGAUUUAUUUCUACAAGAUGAAGCAAAUGAGGCUCAGGAAUUGGAGCGCAUUAUAGAGGGCGACGAAAAUGAUGAUCGGCCACGAAGUGCGGCUUCUAACAGCGAUGAAAAUAGUGCCAAGGAAGAUGAAGCAGAGGAAGAUAAAAGACGCGUGGACCCUGCAAGUGGAAAGACGAAGAGAGUAAUAAAGAACCCAAGAUUUGUAUUGAACCCAGCUCGACUCACUGGACCAAGAGGCAUAGAGAUUAUACCGGAACAUUUCAAGGAUUUUAAAUUUAAAGGAAAAGGGCAUGAGAAAGAGGAUUUGGAUUUAGUGUUGAAAAAAUUGGAGCACUGGGCUUACAGACUGUAUCCAAAAUUUGCUUUUGAAGACUGCCUCAAAAAAAUAGAAAUACUAGGAAAGAAAAGGCCAGUAAUGGUACAUCUACAAAAAAUAAGAUCGGACCAGCUUCAAUCUGUUGAUACAGUGGUGCAGAAGGAUUCGAGCGAUGAUGAGGAUAAAGCACCGCCAGAAGAGGAUGAGUUUGACAAGUUAUUACAGCAGCAAAUAGAGCUAGCCAGGGCCACGCCUGCGCCGGAGUCCGCCAAAAAACCACCACCCGCCAAUGCUAGACAUAUUAUGUCACCAUUCACAAUGCCAAAAGCGACAUCAUCACCAUCAAUAAGUGAUGAGCAAAAAGAACGAAUGCUAAGAAACCGGAAAUUGGCUGAAGAAAGGCGUCUUGCGAGGCUUAAACAAAACACUAGCCAUGAAAAUCUUGCAGUAGGAACCAUAAAGUUAAAUACUUUACAUGAAAGGAUGUCAAAUGCAAAUGAACAUUCAGAUUCAUCAGAUGAAGAACAUCAUGCAAAUGUCUCUGUAUCUGUUCAAAUAAAUACUUCAAGUAAUUAUAAAGGUACUGAAAAUAAUGCAAAUGAAGAUGAAAUAAUGUAUGAUAAUGUAGAUGAACAGGGGAAUGGUCAAAAAGAAGUGGUAGAACAAACAAAUACAAAAAGAACAUCUGUUAAUAGUUCUACCCACACUGAAAAUACUUUAGACUGUGAUAAUACAAUUAUGAAUAACAGUUUAAAAGAACUGCAAAGAAAUGGUAAUGAGAUUGAUGUUGAACAUAGCACACCAGAAAUAAACGGAGAUAUUUCAGCAAAUGUUCUUAACAGGCACCAAGAAACAAUAGAGGUGUUACACAAAGAUGUCAAUGAAAUAACAAACGGAAAACAUAAAGAUCAAAUGAAUGAAGAACGCACCUCAUUAACAAAUGAAGAAACUUGUAACAAUCUUGAAAUUACGAAAGAUGAUACUCCAGUGAAAGAGGUAGAAAAUGAUUGUGAUGACAAUAAAUUUAAAAAUACAAGUAGUGAUAAAAGUAUAGAAAAGGUGACUGAAGAAAUAGUAAAAGUGAAUGAAGAAAGUGCUGAAAUGGCAGAAAAUGAACAAAACGAAAAAGUUAAUACUGUAGAUACCAUUCAAAAUGCAGAGAUUGAUAAGUUAGUUGAAAGUGAACUUAUGGAUGUCGAUUUUGAUGAUGAUUUUUGAACUAUUGUAAUCAUUUGUAUUUUCCAACUAUCAUUAUUAUUUUUUUUCGUUUAUGUUAUGUAUGAUAAGUCGACGGUAAAAUUUUACGGUUCAUUUAUGCCUUAAUAAUAACUAUAAUGUAUGUGAUACGAAAAUGUGCGAAUUUUUUUCUGAUUAAAAUUAAUUUAUGUUUA